UUUGGUGUUUAGUGUUAGUAGUUGCUGGAGAAGUUCUCCGGUUUCUUAUCAAACAUACCGAAUUGAACUCGUUAAAGUCACACAGUGACAUUGUUAAGGAUUUGAUACUAUACAUUAAUCUGAGUAUUUAAUUAACUAUAAAAGUAAUAAAAUGUUAUCUACGAGGAGAGUAAUAUAUAAAGCAUGUGAGCUGCUCUAUUACACUGAUAAGGGUCUUAAAGGAUUGGCGGGUAUGGCUGCGCAAAGGCAACUCUCGUCGAAAGAAAUCUUCGCGCUAGAAGAUAAGUAUGGUUGCCGUAACUACGCCCCGCUGCCAGUCGCCCUCAGCCGUGGUGAAGGACCGUAUGUUUGGGAUGUCGAAGGGAAUAAAUACUUGGACUUCCUGAGCGCUUACUCAGCAGUAAACCAGGGACACUGUCAUCCCCGUAUCGUGAAGGCUCUUAAGAAACAGGCUGACAUUUUGACUUUAGUCUCCAGAGCCUUUUAUUCAGAUAAACUAGGUGAAUAUGAGAAGUAUAUGACAGACUUGUUUGGAUAUGAUCGUCUUUUGCCGAUGAACACGGGUGUCGAGGGAGGCGAGAGUGCAUGUAAAAUCGCCAGAAAAUGGGGCUACGAUGUUAAAAAGAUACCAAAGAACCAAGCUAAGAUCAUCUUCGCCGAAGGAAACUUCUGGGGCAGAACAAUGUCAGCUGUGUCGUCAUCAUCAGACCCUACUUGCUAUGAGGGCUUUGGACCAUUCAUGGCAGGAUUCAGUCUAGUUCCGUACAACGAUAUUGCAGCUUUAGAGAAAGAGCUACAAGACCCGAAUGUAGCUGCAUUCAUGGUGGAGCCUAUUCAAGGGGAAGCUGGUGUUAUCAUUCCUGAUGACGGUUACUUGAGGAAGGUCAGGGAGCUCUGUACUAAAUAUAACGUUUUGUGGAUUGCUGACGAGGUUCAGACUGGUUUAGGGAGAACGGGCAAGUUACUGGCAGUGGAACACGAGGGAGUGAAGCCAGAUAUGCUUAUCUUGGGCAAGGCUCUCAGUGGAGGGGUUGUGCCCGUGUCAGCUGUGCUUGCCAAUAAUAAUGUUAUGGAUGUUAUUAAGCCUGGUACUCAUGGUUCUACAUAUGGUGGAAACCCAUUGGCUUGUGCUGUGGCCACAGAGGCUCUUAAGGUAUUAGUAGAAGAGAAGUUAAUAGAGAACUCAGCGAGAUUGGAAUCCGUAUUGCGCGAGGAAUUGGAAAAGAUCCCAAAACACAUGCUCACUGCCAUCCGAGGCAGGGGACUUAUGUUCGCUAUCGAUGUUCACGACAAUUAUCCAGCAUACGACAUUUGCAAGCGCAUGAAGGAAGGCGGUCUGCUCGCCAAGACAACGCACGGACAAACCAUCCGCCUGGCUCCUCCAUUGGUGAUCUCUGAACAACAACUACGGGAUGGCGCGAAAAUUAUUCAACAAACAUUCCAGAACUAUAAGAAAUAAAUAACUUUAUCUAUAGGAAAUAUAUUGUAUCUGUAUAUUAUAUUCUCAGUCGCUUGUAAGGAUUUUAUAUUAUUGUUAUUCUAAUAAAUGC